AUGCGAACGUUAUUUCGGGCUGGUGAUUCGCAAUUACUGCGGAAUAUUGGUAAUUGGCUCACAGGUGCAGCUGGUGACUGGUAUUUGCAGCUUUCCCAAGGUCAUCAUUUGCCGGAUACGUGGCAUGAGUUUA